CAGUUUGGAAAAAUCCAGCAAUGACUAUAAACAAAACCAUCUCCAUCGCCAUUAUCGGCGGCGGUCCAGGAGGACUAGGUACCGCCAUCGCGCUUUCUGAACUCCCAUAUGUAUCUGUCACACUGUACGAGCAAGCACCCGAGCCACGCGAGGUCGGUGCCGGUAUCAGUAUUGGUCGAAAUGCGUGGAAUGUGCUGCGGUUACUUGGGGCUGUGGAUGGGGUUAAGGGUGCUAAGACGGGAUAUUCAUGGCAGAGGAAUGGGAGGACCGGGGAACCUGUGAUUCAACCAAUUAAGAAAGAUGAGGACGACCCAUUUGCUUCUAUUAGGGCUAGACGGACGCGGUUGCAGUCUGCACUGCUGGAGAAGGUCCCGCCGGGGAUCAUUCAAUUUAGCAAGAAGCUUGUCUCACUGCAAGAUCUUGGUGAGAAUAAGGGAGUUCAUUUGACAUUCAAAGAUGGAACAGAAACGACGGCAGAUCUUGUUGUCGGGGCUGAUGGGAUUCGUUCGAUUGUACGGCGGACAUUGUUUCCAGACCAUCAUCUGCAUGUUACAGGGAAUACUGCAUUCCGAGUCCUCAUCCCGGUCACUUCAAUUGCCCAUAUAACCGAAUUCCCAACAUCUAACGGGUGGUGGCAUGUAUUAAAUGGCCAUCUCUACUUCUCUCACGUUGAUGACGAGUCCGAGAGAGAACUGUGCGAGAUCACAAUCAGAUCCUACAACGAGCCCGUAACACCAGAGAGGACAGCCACGUGGGCGAUACCGGUGACGAAUGAAUAUGUUCAAGCUCGAACGGGUGAAUACGACCCCCGCAUCAAAGAGCUCCUAAAGGUAGUGCCUGAAGGAUCCUGGCGCGAGUUCGCGAUGGUUGCCGGUCCAUGCUUGAAAGAUAUAACCGCCUGGGAUAAAGUCGCACUUAUAGGCGACGCGAGCCAUCCCCUAUCUGGGGCUUUUGGGUCUGGAGCUGCAUUUGCAAUGGAAGAUGGUUGGAUACUGGCAAGGGCGAUUGAGCACUCGAUUAACUCGAGGACGGUGCUGAAAGAUGCUUUGGAGAUAUUUCAGCGGAUUCGGGGGCCUUAUUAUGAGCGGAUGUACGAAUUUCUUGAUCGGAAAGGGAAGGAGAUUCAAGAGUCUCGAAACGGGACUGAUUUUGAUAGUAUCAUCAAGGUGAGAGUACAGGGAUUCGGGCUUUCUGGUGGCACUCUGGACUGGAUCUAUAAGAAUGACAUCGAGGAGGUCUGGAGGGCGUAUGCUGCUGGUGAGCAAGGGGCGAAACUAUAGUCAUGGAUUGUCUAUCUCUCGGUGGACAGAAUUGCGGCCUCUAGAACAGCGAUACAGUGAUAGAGACUCGUAUAUAGUAAGGAUAUACUUUGGUUAGAUUAGUAGACUACCAAUUGUGAAGGC